GGUAAUCACAUACACAUUUUUUUUUUUUUUUUUCUCCGGCGCCGGUCGAGCUGGCUGCUGGUCACAACAGCUCCUGUCCUCUUACUUCUAUUUAUUACUUUCUUCACUUAUUUAAGUUUACCUUUCUAGUGUGUUGUUAGUAACAUUAGUGUACACAACCUGUACACAGCUUUUUUAUAGUUUUUCUAAGUUUGGCGCAGUACAAACGCUGUUUUUAAAGCUACGAUGUGCGUCGGGGUCAGAGCGCGCAUUGUUUACACUGCGAAGCAGCUGAUCGCGCUGCGCAGCGCCGUAGUUCUGCCCAGAGACAGACACGAGAUCACCGCUGAGGUGCUGGUGAAGUCCCGACGUGGGCGCCGCGCUGGAAAACUACGACGGGAGAAAACGAGACGCUUCAGGCCCGCUGUCCCCUCCGUUAUCAUGGGGAACGUGAGAUCUCUCGCCAACAAGAUCGACGAGCUCGCGGCGCUCACACGGUACCAGCCGGAGUACAGAACGAGCAGCGUCCUGCUGUUCACGGAGACCUGGCUGACGUCACUCAUCCCGGACUCGACUGUCGCACUGGACAAUUUUCAUCUGCUACGUGCGGACAGAACGGAGAACAGCGGUAAGAGGAAGGGAGGGGGUCUGGCUGUGUUUGUGAACAUCAGGUGGUGUAUGCCACGACAUUGCACUGUCAAAAUGAAGCUGUGUAACAGAGACAUUGAGCUGUUGGCGGUGGGCAUGAGGCCAUUCUACCUGCCAAGGGAGUUCACACACGUUAUAAUAAUUGCUGUGUACGUCCGACCCUCCGCUAACGCUGACACAGCUUCUGAGACCCUGCUCUCAGUCACCAGCAGGCUGCAAACACAGCACCCACAGGCCCUCUUCCUGAUCUCUGGGGACUUUAACCAUGCACCUCCUUCAGCUGCUCUGCCUACAUACACCCAGUAUGUGACCUGCCCCACCAGAGACAAUAAAACACUGGACUUAUUCUACGCCAACACCAAAGAGGCCUACGCUGCAUCCUCCCUCCCACCGCUGGGCAGAGCUGACCACAACAUCCUGCAUCUCCUGCCUGUGUAUAAACCUGUUGUACACAGGCAGCCGGUGGUGCCCCGCACAGUGAAGAGGUGGACAGCUGAGAGCGAGGAGGCUCUCAGGGACUGUUUUAACACCACUGUGUGGACGGAGCUCUGCGACCCACAUGGGGAGGACAUUAACGCAAUAACAGACUGUGUAACGGACUACAUAAACUUCUGCUGUGAAAACACUGUUCCCACCAGGCGGGUUCGGUGUUUCACCAACAGCAAACCAUGGGUCACCCCUGAUAUUAAAGCUCUGCUAAAGGAGAAGAAGAGAGCAUUUAAAUCAGGGGACAGGGAGGAGCUGAGGAGGGUGCAGAAGGAGCUGAGGAGGAAAAUCCGUGAGGGGAAGUCCAGCUACAGGAGGAAGAUGGAGGAGCAGCUGCAGCAGAACAAUGUCAGUGAGGUGUGGAGGAGCCUGAAAACCAUCUCAGGCUUCAAAGCUCCACACCCACAGGCUGAGGGGGACCUGAGCUGGGUCAACGAGCUGAACUCACACUUUAAUAGGUUUGACCAAGCACCCACUCACACCUCCCAGCAGCUGCCUCCGAACCUCUUGUCACCUCAUACCACUGGAUUACCAGCCCCCACAGCCCUUCACACCUUUACACAAAGCCCUCUACCCUCAGCCCUGACGACUGGUGACUCAUCCCAACCACACCCCCUCACUUCACACCACACUGAGUCACUUCCUCAACCCCUCACUUCACACCACACUAAGACACUCCCUCCACCCCUAUCCUUCUCCAGCACCCAGGUGAGAAGUGAGCUCAGGAAGAUCAAGGCCAGGAAAGCAGCUGGACCAGACGGCAUCAGCUCCAGACUCCUUAAGUCCUGUGCAGGCGAACUGUGUGGAGUUAUGGAGCAUGUCUUCAACCUGAGCCUCAAGCUGAGGGUGGUACCACAGCUCUGGAAGACCUCCUGCGUGGUACCAGUGCCCAAGACACCGCACGCCAAAGACCCCAGCAGCUUCAGACCAGUGGCUCUGACAUCACACCUGAUGAAGACACUGGAGAGACUGGUCCUGGGUAACCUCCGCUCUGCAGUGGGAACCUACCUGGACCCGCUGCAGUUCGCCUACCGACACGGCAUAGGAGUAGACGACGCUGUCAUCUUCCUCCUACAUCGAGCCCUUUCCCACCUAGAGAAGCCCGGCAGCACUGUGAGGAUCAUGUUCUUUGACUUCUCCAGUGCCUUCAACACCAUCCAGCCGAUGCUUCUGAAACACAAACUGGAGGAGGCUGGUGUGGACCUUCAUCUGACGGAGUGGAUUAUGGACUAUCUCACAAACAGGCCUCAGUUUGUGAGAGCCAGGGACUGUGUGUCUGACACUCUGACCUGCAGUGUGGGGGCCCCACAGGGGACUGUACUGGCCCCCUUCCUUUUCACCCUCUACACGUCAGACUUCAGACACAACACGGACAGCUGUGUUCUGCAGAAGUUCUCUGAUGACUCUGCGAUCGUCGGACUGAUCACCGAUGAUGACGAUGCAGAGUACAGAGGACUCACUCAGAACUUUGUGGACUGGUGCCAGCGGAACCACCUCCUGAUCAAUGUAGGGAAAACGAAGGAGAUGGUGGUGGAUUUCCGCAGACAGCAGCCUGCUCUCAUCCCACCGAUGCACAUCCAGGGAAGGGACAUUGAGAGAGUGGACUCUUACAAGUACCUGGGAGUGCAUCUGAACAAUAAACUGGACUGGACUCAUAACACGGAUGCACUGUACAGGAAGGGUCAGAGCAGACUCUACCUGCUGAGGAGACUGCGGUCUUUUGGAGUGAAGGGGCCACUCCUGAAGACCUUCUAUGACUCUGUGGUGGCAUCAGCCAUCCUGUACGGUGUGGUCUGCUGGGGCAGCAGCAUCACAGCGAGGGACAGGAAGAGACUGGACAGGAUCAUCAGAAAGUCCAGCUCUGUCCUGGGCUGCACUCUGGACACGGUGCAGGAGGUGGGUGAGAGAAGGGUCCUGGCUAAACUGACAUCCAUCAUGGACCAGGUCUCUCACCCACUGGAGGACUCACUGUCUGCUCUGGAGAGCAGCUUCAGUAGCAGACUGAUCCACCCUCGCUGUGUGAAGGAGAGAUAUCGUAGAUCCUUCCUACCUGCUGCUGUCAGACUGUACAAUCAGAACUGUUGACCACAUCCCACCACAGUCACUCACCCACUGCAUCAGUGGUUUAUAUAGCAACCUGCUCUGCACAAUAUUUGUGUAAAUCUGUGAACAUCCAUCCAUCCAUCCAUUUUCUGAACCGCUUACUCCCUAGUGCGGGGUCACGGGGGUGCUGGAGCCUAUCCCAGCUGGCUACGGGCGAGAGGCAGGGUACACCCUGGACAGGUCGCCAGUCCAUCGCAGGGCAACACAUAGACAGACAACCAUUCACUCACACACUCACACCUACGGGCAAUGGAGAGAAGCCAAUCAACCUAAUGCACGUCUUUGGACUGUGGGAGGAAGCCGGAGAACCCGGAGAGAACCCACGCAAACACGGGGAGAACGUGCAAACUCCACACAGAAAGGCUCCAAGGCCGCCUCCGGGAAUCGAACCCAGAACCUUCUUGCUGUGAGGCGACAGUGCUACCCACCGCACCACCGUG